UGGGCGCACCCUCGCCAUUGUCUGCGCGGCGCUCCUUGCCUGCUGUGGGCACCGGCGGGCGGCGCGGCGCUUGCGGCCGCGAUGCUGAAGGGCUGCGCGCCCCCUCAGACGCGGCAGCGGGCUCCAGCCCUGGGGAGCAGCCACCCCGCCUGCUGAAGACUGAAACUUUGCGUCCCCGCCGCUCCCUCUCCUCCCUCUUCCUCUCGCCUUCCUCCAUGCGCUGAGCGGCCGCGGGGCGCCCGCUCGGCCCCAUGGACGCCUUCAGCGCUGCCAAGGCCAAGAUGGGGGCGAAGAGCGGCGGCGAGGCGGCGGCGGCGGGAGUGGCCGCGCCUCAGCCCGCCGUGCCGGCCCCCAGCCCCGCCGGUCCCGGCUCGCCCGCCGCGCUCGAACCCGCUGCCUACAAGCUGGAGGACCUGGAGACCCUGGCCACCGUGGGCACAGGUACCUUUGGACGUGUUCAUCUGGUGAAGGAAAAAAUGUCCAAGCAUUACUUUGCACUGAAAGUAAUGAGCAUUCCUGAUGUCAUUCGGCUGAAGCAAGAGCAGCAUGUGCACAAUGAAAAAUCUGUCUUGAAAGAAGUCAACCACCCUUUUUUGAUCAGACUAUUUUGGACCAACCACGAUGAACGUUUUUUAUAUAUGUUAAUGGAAUAUGUGCCAGGAGGGGAACUUUUUAGUUACCUGCGCAACAUGGGGCGUUUCAACAACAGCACAGGACUGUUUUACUCCACGGAAAUUAUUUGUGCAAUAGAAUAUCUGCACUCCAAAGAAAUAGUUUACAGAGACUUAAAACCUGAAAAUAUAUUACUAGACAAAGAAGGACAUAUCAAGCUUACUGACUUCGGAUUUGCAAAAAAACUGGUGGACAGAACGUGGACGCUCUGUGGCACUCCUGAGUACCUUGCACCCGAAGUUAUACAAAGUAAAGGCCAUGGAAGAGCUGUGGAUUGGUGGGCCCUAGGAAUUCUUAUAUUUGAGAUGUUAUCAGGGUUUCCUCCAUUUUUUGAUGACAAUCCAUUUGGUAUUUAUCAGAAGAUUCUUGCUGGCAAAAUAGAUUUCCCGAGGCAUUUGGAUUUAUAUGUAAAAGACCUUAUUAAGAAGCUGCUUGUGGUUGACAGAACAAGACGACUAGGAAAUAUGAAGAAUGGAGCAGAUGAUGUGAAGAGACAUCGAUGGUUCAGGUCUAUAGACUGGGAUGCUGUACCUCAAAGGAGACUAAAGCCUCCCAUAGUGCCCAAAGUAUCCAAUGAUGGGGAUACUUCCAAUUUUGAAGCUUACCCUGAAGAUGACUGGAACAAGACACCUCCGGUACCUCCUAAAGAUCUAGAAAUUUUCAAGAACUUCUGAGCGUAACAACUACACUGGACAAGAAACUGGAAGGAAAUUGAAGUGCUAAGAGCAAGUCUGAAGAACAAUGGAGUUCAGAGAGAAAGGAAGAUUUUCUUUGUGGCUAAGAAUGAUACUGCAUUCAGAUACAUGUAUUAGUAAAUGUCAAAAAAGAUGGAGGCAGGCAGGAAUAAUUUUUGGCUAUAAACAUUUUACUUUAGUUUAUUAUAUUGUAAUAAUGAUAGUCUGCUCUGAAGUAGACUAACUAAAAUGAUAUUUUUAGGAUUAUUUUUUUUAACUUACGGUUGAAUUAAGUUUCCUGCUAUUCCCAGAUCCUUUUUGCAUCGUUAACUCAUAGACUUAAUUUUAUAAGUUUAUACUAAAGUUGUGUAAUUAAAAGCACAAAUUAGUAUAUAUGUAUAUAAUGGAUACAGUACAACUAAAGCACAGAAAUUGUGCAAAGAUGUAAAUUUUUGUACUUUGCAGAGUCUAUGAUUUUUAUUUUUCAAAUAAUGUUUUGCAGAAGUUCUUUAGGAAUAAAAGUCUUAAAAAAGGAUAAAUGAGUUUUUCAUCAUCUUAUAUACAUUUUAUAAUUGUUUGUAAAAAACAAAAAUAAUUAUGUUUUAAAUAAGAUUUGUACCUAAAAUUUCCAAUGCCUCACACUUACAACCAUAGUACUUGAAAGCAGAAAGACCAGGGCAUGUUUUAUUUUUGUUAAAGAUGUAUCUUAAUGGCUAAUUUAUGAAGUUCUGUUACAAUUAUGUCUGUUCGAGAACCAGAAUUUUGAGUGAUUAUACAGUCUGAAAUGAGAUUCCUUACAUGAAAACUCACUAAACAUGCAAGUCAGACCAUCCUGAUAAAAGGGCUUUAACUGGCUCUGACAGGAAUUGUUCCCUCACAAGUCUUCUCCAAAUGUAAAUAAUGAGCCAUAACAGACCUUUUUCAUUAGUGAAAUAGUUCUUGUUGAAUGCUGUAUACUUUAGAAUAUCAGAGGGAAGACUGAAUAUA